AUAAUGGAGAGAGUACUAUUUGAAAAGAUUAGGACUACUUUCUCCAUCUUCUCUUCUCUUUGAUUUUUAUUUUGUUUCAUUUUCUCUCUCCUCUGUCUGACUGAUUUCUCCUUUUUCCUGUAAAACCCUUUCAAAUCACACUAACACAAAAAACUAGCAGAAAAGUUUGAGACCCAACCUUAAACUUUACUACACUCACUGAUCCAAACUCUUUCUCUCUCUCCAAAAUAUGGGAGUUCGUUGCUCAAAACUCUCACUUUGCUGGUGGUCACACUCUAAUCACAGUGUUCCACAUUACUCCGAUCUUGAAAACGGAGGGAAAGAUGAGGGUGAGUCACAGCCGAGUUUCACUGAGUUCAAAUUGGACGAGUUAAGAGCUGCUGCUUCUGGGUUUUCUUCGGAGAAUAUUGUUUCUGAGCAUGGUGAGAAAGCUCCUAAUAUUGUAUAUCGUGGGAAGCUCAAUGAUGGCCAUUGGAUCGCCAUCAAACGGUUCCACAGGUCUGCUUGGCCUGAUUCCCGGCAAUUUCUGGAGGAAGCAAGGACAGUGGGGCAGCUGAGGAGUGAGAAGAUGGCGAAUUUGAUUGGGUGUUGUUGUGAGGGUGACGAGAGAUUGCUAGUUGCUGAAUUCAUGCCCAAUGAAACUCUUUCUAAGCAUCUCUUUCAUUGGGAAAAUCAGCCUUUGAAAUGGGCGAUGAGGCUGAGAGUGGCAUUGUGUCUAGCACAAGCUUUGGAACAUUGUAGCAAUAAGGGGAGAUCAUUGUAUCACGACCUUAAUGCUUAUAGAGUUCUAUUUGACCAGGAUGGUAAUCCCAGGCUCUCUUGCUUUGGCCUCAUGAAAAACAGCCGAGAUGGCAAAAGUUACAGUACAAACUUGGCUUUCACUCCUCCCGAGUACAUGAGGACAGGUAGAAUUUCCCCAGAAAGUGUGAUCUACAGUUUUGGCACCUUACUGCUUGACCUGCUCAGUGGGAAACAUAUACCACCAAGCCAUGCACUUGAUCUCAUACGAGGAAAAAACUUUUCGAUGCUAAUUGAUUCCAAUUUGGAGGGCCAUUUUUCGAAUGAUGAUGGAACUGAAUUAGUACGAUUAGCAUCACGUUGCUUGCAGUAUGAAGCUCGCGAGAGGCCAAAUGCCAGGUCUCUUGUGGCAGCACUUACUCCGCUACAGAAAGAAACUGAGGUCCCCUCUCAUGUUCUGAUGGGUAUUUCACAUGGAAAUGCAUCCCCAAAGGAUUCACUGUCAUUAACUCCUCUUGGUGAAGCCUGUUCUAGACUGGAUCUUACAGCCAUACAUGAAAUAUUAGAAGAUAUUGGAUACAAGGACGACGAGGGGAUUGCAAAUGAGCUUUCCUUCCAAGUGUGGACAAAUCAAAUUCAAGAAACACUUAACUGCAAGAAACACGGAGACACUGCUUUUAGAGCUAAAGAUUUCGCUACUGCCAUUAAGUCUUACACUCAGUUUAUUGAUGAUGGGACAAUGGUUUCACCAACGGUAUUUGCUCGACGUUGUUUGUCUUACUUGAUGAGCAAUAUGCUACAAGAAGCACUGGCAGAUGCUAUGCAAGCACAAGUAGUUUCCCCUGAAUGGCCAACUGCAUUUUAUCUCCAAGCCGCAGCUCUGUUCAGCCUCGGGAUGGACAAUGAUGCCCAUGAGACGCUCAAAGAUGGAACGUCAUUGGAGGCCAAAUGGAAGAAAAACUAAAUUUGUAUAUAGCUUUCUUAUUUUUCAGGGUUUUAAAAGGUUCCAUAAUUAUUGUAUCUAUUUCAAAUUUCUGAGUGGUGAGUUUUAUCUUCGUAAUUAGAAUCAUAUAUUCAUACAAAGGUUGUAUUGAAUGGCAUUUUUAUUUAAAUCUCAAAGCAAGGAAGGGCUGUUUUGCAUUGCUA